AUGAAAGAAUCCGAUGAAGAAACCGACGAUAAGCUUUGUUCAUCGUCGGAGAUCAGAAAAGACGUCGAAGAAAUAUCGGUUAGGGUGGAAAGCUCAGUUGAAGGUACGUAUAUAUGUAGGCGACAAGGAAAAUUUUGCUUGUAAAUGGUAAAAAUUUAAUUGGCAAGGUUUUCUUAUGCUGUUUUUAAAGUAGUGAGUGGCCCACCCCUCCUCCUCCCAUGCCCGUUGGAUUGCUACCCGAAAGAUCGCAAGCCUGGGGUAAUAUGAAAAUACCAAAAACAAAACAACAAAUUUUAUUUCACAUCUACUUUAAUACUCUUCAACGCCAUUACGCAUCAAGAAGAGUUAAAAGAAUAAAAAUAUAAAGAUAGCUAAUAAAAAAUAAUAAAUAAAUAAAUAAAAUUAUCAGACUAAGGACAAGUUGGGCUUUCUGCUUUUGGUUUUCCUAGAUUUUGAGCUUGAAAAUAACGUGAAACGAAGCCUUACGAAAUAGAUUUUGUUUGUUUGUUUGCCCGUUUGUCUGGGCAAACAAAUUAAACCGAACGUUUUCGCAAAACAGCAAAUUACACGAUGCCGAGGCUUUAGCACGUGCACAAACAUUUACGCGUGGUUACAUAGUCUACCGGGAGAAGUUGACCGUGAAUGUUGAAUGAGGCCCCUACUUAGCUAGGGCAUAUUGGAGCUUUUCUAUGUCCUGUUCAAGGUAUUUAAAUCAUUUUUAAACAUUUUAAAGUUUUGCUGUGUUUAAAAUUCGUUUAAAUACUGCUAUGUUCAUGAAUGUGGACUGAACAUCACAAGAACCACACUUGACACAAUGGCCAUGUUCUGCAGGGCACAGGGUUGUUUUUUACGUUGACCUUAUUUGCCGAGAUUUUCCGCGUAAGUUGUUAAACUACGUAGCAAAAUUCGUACAAAAAUUUCUUCGCUUAAACCCACAUUGAAGCCUACUUCUAAAGGUUUUCUUGCUUUCGUCGGAGAUAACAGUAGAAGUGAGCCUAUUGUUCCAAGGUUCUUUAUUACCUAUCACAUGCAACUACUUUUGAUUGUACUGCACGUACGUGCCUCGCGGAAAUGUUUGCAAUUCCACCACAGUCCAUUUUGAUUAUUCACCAGAUUGCUGAAUUGCAGUGGUAGCUGAUUUUAAAUGUAUGUCUAUUAAUCUACGUUUUUUUUCUUUGCUGAAAUAUACAUGUAUAUCUACACGUGCAGUGUAAGUAAUACUAUAUAGUCUAUCAUCAAGCUAAUACGCAGCAUCUUAUAUUUUUGCUAUGACUGACUUCAUCGCAUCGUUGUUUUAAGCCCAUGAUGAGGAAGAAGUGUUCAAAAAUGUAGGUUUAAGUAUAUUUUAUAUGAAAAAGCUUACUUCUAUAAAUGAAGAGAUAAAAGCUAGAGGCAUAGGUCCUUCAGGUGGCAUCCUUUCAUAACUGGUUCAUUUUUUUGACCUACCUCUAUUGAAGAUGUAAAUCACGGCCUAGUCAAUUGAACAAAACUGAACCAAAAAUCAGUCGAACUCAAUUAAACCCAGUCAGUCGAUUGUUGUUUGAUUGGCUUGGUAAUCGAACAUAAUCCAACUGGAACUUUGAGGUGACUUAUGUUAAUCGAACUUGUGAGUUUGAUUACCAAAGUCAAUCGAAUUUAAUCAAUGCGAUGUGUUUGAUUUUGUUUGGCUGAAAGACAAAAUGAUACAAAAAAUCAGUAAGCAUUUGGUUUUAAAUGAAUUGAAAAGAUUUUUCUCUUACACAUGUGUGUAUGUGAGGCAGGUGUGAAAACAUAAACUUCUUUCAGUUGAAAGUAAAAUGAUAAUAUUCAAAAUCAAUAGGUUCGGUACAUGAAAAGUUCGGCGUCUGAAUCAAAGCUGUUCCAAAGUUGCUCCAAAGGCAAAAAUCCCGGCUGGGCUAGUUGAAAAUAAUGGCUGAGCUGUUCCAAAUUGAAACAGGCGAUCCUAAUUGAUUCAGACACCAAACUUUUCAUGUACUUAAUUCAAUGUAUUAGGUUUGGCUCAUGAAAAGUUCGGCGUCUGAACCGGGCCUAACACUUUGAUGGUCAAUGGCCAAUGCACAGCCACUAGUUCAUGUUGCAAAGUCCAAGCUAGCAGCAGCCAUCAUCAUCGGUUACCUUAAGAGCUGGACUCCUACACUGCAAAGUAUCUCCCCUUUUUCUUGACACCGACUGCAAAAGAACCAUCAGUUGAUAUUGUCAGUGUCACACUGGGUUUCACAUUUUCCACUCUCUAUUCUACAUCUUGCUUGUGUACUCGUGUUUGAAAUUGAAGCUAACUCAUAACUUAUUUUUUAACUGUAAUGCCUUGUUUGAGACCAGACAUAAGUGUUUUUACAUAUGAUUGUAGAAGCUUUGUUUUCAAACAUUCGAUUAUGUUCGAGUGUUAAAGUGUUUUGGGUGAGUUCGAUUAUGUUUGCUUAAUGAACUCAAUCGAAGUCAAUCAAACAAUUGGAGUUUGAUUACAGAAAGUGAUGACUGUUUACUUACUUGUCAAUUGAAUAAUAGACCCAAGUAUGUUUUGUUUUCCCAAUAGACCUUUUUACCAAUAUGGCGGCCAUAUUGAAUUAAUUCGAUUUAAGGAGUAUUAUAGGAUACCCAGGGGGCAUGAGCACAUUUCGUUUGUAUUUUCAAGCACUUUUUGGGACAUUUUUUCGUAAAGUUUUCUUAGAAUAAGAUUGUAAUGGGAAGAAAGAUCCUUGUGCCGUUAAUGAUUACCUUUUCCCUGAGAAAUAUACAGUGAAAGACCAUAUUUUUAAUACUAAACUAGAAAAAGACGAUCAUUAUUACAUCCAAACAUGACACAAGGAUCUUUUUCCCAUUACAAUCUUAUUCUAAGAAAACUUUAAGAAAAAAUGCCCUGAAAAGUGCCCGAAAAUACAAACAAAAUGUGCUCAUGCCCCCCUGGGCAUCCCAUAAUACUCCUUCAAUCGAAUUAAUUCAAUAUGGCCACGGUAUCGGUAAAAAGCACUAUUCAGACCACUAAUUAUUGAUGUUCUCAAGGGAAUUUGUCCUUUGUCUUUCAUAAAUUAUGCAUAGAUAUGCAUAUGUAUAGAGACUUCUCCUGCCUUUCAGUUUGACCACACUUUGCUUUUAUGUUCUCCUUCAAUAGUUAACAGCUCCAGUUCAGAAUCAGAUAAUUCGAAGGAAAUGCCUCCCAGGAGAAAAAGAAAAGCUGCUACACGAGAAGAAACCAAGCUGAAAAAACAGAAAGAUGAGUGCUUAACAAGGUGCAUACAACUGUAAAACCUUUCUCUAAAAGCUUGGUUUUUACUUUGCUUUAUUUUAUUGUUGAGUUUUGCUAAGACUCAAUCUCUUUAACAAGAUAAUGAGAUUCACAUAAAUGUGGCAAGUGAUCAAGGAGUGUGAGAAGUUCUUGUUUUGUUUUUUAUUUUUAUAAUCUGAGAGCCCCAAGAAGGUGAUCUGUUAAGUUUGUUUUACCCCUAAAAAUAGUUCAUAAUAAUCUUGUCCUUGUUUAUUUUAUCAUUAAUCAAACAUAAAGGCUAUCGGAAUAAGGAAAGUGAUCAGCAAAAUGUGAAUAGGACCAUAAGUGACUCCUAAUAUUAUUGCUAGAUUCUCCCGUUAAUUUACAGUCAUGUACAAGGCAAAUUAUCAGGAGAAUUUAGUAGUUUAUCAGAAGUUGCUUAGGGUUUUAUUUCAGAUACCCCUUCCAUUCUUCCUGUGGGAGUUGUACUCGUUUCUUACAUUAACAGUUUCUUUUGUUUCAAUGAAUUUGGCUAACUACAUACUGGUCAUGUGAGUCAAUACACCUUAUUCACAGUAACCGCCAUCUUUGCUUGCAUGGCACAGAUUGAUGGAAUCAAAGCAAUGUUGCAUGAUAUUUCGGUGGCCAAACAAGUGAUAAAGUUUGCUCAUACAUGUACAAGUAAUCAUGGUCAAGAUUGUUCAUUCUCUCAGGACUUAACGACAAUUUUUGUCAUGCUAAAUGUACAAUUCGAGCAUGGAUUUUGUUUUACAUUAUUAGCACUUACUGUGAGGACAUCUAUGCAUGGUUGCUACCCUAUCCAAAAAUGGAAAAGUGAUCUCUUUGACCCAUAAUUUUCCAUUAACAAUUGUAAGAUAAAAAGUUCUACUUUUUCCAUUGCCUAGAAUAAAUAAACUCGACCAUGAUUUCUUUUAUCUGUAGAUUUUAUCGCGAUUUGCCCACUGAAAAACCAUGUGACGUCGCUUUUACCCAUCAGUCCUUAAGUGCGAGCAAAUUAAAAAAAAUUUAAAAGAUGGCGGGUAUCAUGAUAAGGUCUACAGCAGCUGUACAUUGUAUGUUCCAAGAGGGUUAGGAGGGGAUAUUAAUUUCCGCCAUUCUCUUUGGUUUAUUGUAGCAUCAAGUCUCAAUCACUAUCAGAUGAGUUAGGGAAACCAUUUUCAGUGAAAAGAUGUAGAACAUGGUUUGAGCAUUAUGCAGGUAAUUCAUUUGAUCACCAGUAGUCCCAGGGUGCAAAGAAAGCCCUUUUUAGAGCUUGUCAUUCAGGCAAGCUGAAGCUAACAUUUACUAGCCAAACAUCAUUUCAACUAGCCCCAAAAACAUUUUGACAAGCAGAUUGAUUUUCACAGUUCUUCUCUAAUUUGAAUUCCUCAAUAAAACUUCACUUGCCCGUCUGGCAAGUUAAGAACAGAAUUUACUAGCCCUAUCUUAGCCCCUUAUCUCAGGUAGUUUUUAUUUUUCCUUUGUUUCAACUUCAUUAGCAUACAUUACCAUACCCAAAAAUAAGAGAAAAAUAAAAUUACUUCAGAUAAAAAAUUAACAGCAACGAGUACAUGUAUACACUGUAUGUAAGAGUCAGCCAAGUGUCACUCUAGGUUCUGUAGUGCUGAGCUUUCCUGCCAAAUGAGACUGUAAGUUAAUAGUGCACGCUGACUGAUUCACGGCUUAUGAAUAUAGCUGUCUCUCCUCACUUCUUGCUGCUGGGGAAGUUUUACAGGACACAUCUGGGCCAAAACAACAGAAAUUCCAUACUGAUGACAUAAAUCAAUAUAUAUACGAUUAAUCUGGCACUUUGAAUUUCCCCCAAACAUUAAUAUUAUUAUUAUUGAUCAUUUCAGAAGCUAUAAUACAUUACGUGCUAUAAAGCACUUUUACAGCUGAUUUCAUUGCUAUGUAUACACCCGGAUUUUCAGACAUGAUUCGACGGUCAUGAUUCGACCUGUCAUGAUUCGACACUAAUCACGUGACGUAUCGCUUCGCAGUACGUAAACGGUCGCGAAAAUAAUUGAGAGUUCUUCCGUGGGAUCCGAAACAGUGAGAGAAAAAUCUGGCUGGAAAGCUUAGCACUAGAGGACAUAAGUGUAACGAAGCUAGAAUCCCGACAAAUGCGUUUUACCUGAAGAGGAAAGCUUUGUUGCUUGGAAAGCAGCGACAUGAUUCAGAAAUUAUGAUAACAUUUGAUCAGGUGAUAAACCUGGAGUUCGAUUGCCGAGUCCGAAUGUAUUUCUGUAGGCGAUUUCAUAAUGGACGAAAUAUUAUCAACACGGCGAAAAGCGAAAUAGUCCGACGGUAAAUCGUUAGUCUUCUUCCGUAUGACAAGGUUUCGGUGUUUUGCCGUUGGUGAAUACCACCCGCAAUUUACAUGUAACAGUGAUGCAAAUUUAGUUAACAGGGAGGCAAAUUUGUAUUUCUUCAAGUUGGUACUUUUUCGUCCUUACUUAGCUUCUGCAUGGUUAAAAAAUAACAGGAAACCUUGACGUUUUGCCGAAGAAAUCAACAGAUAAAUUGAUCAGUCUGCCGUUGUGAAAGAAUUUGCUGGAGGGUUUGAAAGUUUUGUUUUGUCGACCGUUGAAAAAUAUCACAAUGUUCGAUCCUCGACCUAUGACCCUAGUAAGCACAUAUAAAGAAAACCAUACAUAAAAGAAAGCAAAAUUUGUUUUUUUUGGAAAAGGGUAAAAUAUGAUAUUUCCUUAAAGAUCAAGGUAAAAGCCCAAAACAAGUUGAGAAAAGAGCCGAAAAACUUAUUGAUCGAGACGUCCACACGCCCGAUAACAUGUAUUGCGAUUAGAUUGCGUGACUGUAUGAAAAGCUGUUAUCCCGGAAAAGGAGAACAAAUUAUGGAUCACAGUCCUUUUUUUCUGAAUUACAAGAGAAAUAUUCAAGCUAUCAUCAAAGUAACUUUCAGAUUGUAUGCUUUGAUUCCUGUAGGAUACUCAAGGUAAAAUACUAUACUGCUUGGUAACCUCUCGGUCGAAUCAUGACGGUCGAAUCAUGACCGUCGAAUCAUGUCUAAAAAUCAGGGUGUAUACACCGCACUGAAAUCAGCUGUAACUCAUAACAAAAAGUGACAAAAAGUGCAUGUGCCAAUUAGGAAGUUGCUACCCAAUGUGACUGCCUUGAAGAAGUAUUUUGUUCUGCAAGCACGUGGUUUUUGUACAGACUAUUCAUGUCCUCUCAGAUGACUAUUUUUUUAAAGCUUGCUCUGUAAUUUAUUAAUAUUAGUUUCCUCUUAAUUAUGCAAUCAUGUGAUAAGGUUGAAUUUUUAAUUUUUGUUUUCACUGGAUAAAGGCCAAGAUGAGCCAGACACCAUUGGCCCUGAGGGAGUAGAAAAACUCUGCAAGGACUUAGGAGUUGAUCCAGAAGAUGUAAGAACCUUUUUUUUCCCUCACUCUCUUGCCCUUGUUUGCUUGUCUUUUUUUCUGUGGUGCUCGUGCAUGGCUUCUUGUUUCACUUGUGCAAGACCAAAUCAGCCGUGUGCAUAUAGCUCAUUAUAAAGAGAGGUCAUAAUAUUAUUAUUGUUAUUAUUCACUUGGUCUGUACUUGAAGCUCAUGUCCAGCUACAUUUCUUCAAGCCUCAAUUUGCAACAGAACGAAGUGUGGUAAAACAUUUAUGAUGUUAGCCGAUUUAUUUUAUCUUUUCACCUCUGCAGACUGUAAUGCUUGUCUUAGCGUGGAAAUUACAAGCAGAAACAAUGGGAUUUUUUACUUUUCAUGAAUGGAGCAAAGGGAUGCUAUCAAUAGAGUAAGAACUUUUAAAGUUACUGCAGAGUUUAUUUUUCAAUUAACCUACUUGUAAACUCAUGAUGUGUAGGGAACAUUAUUAUAAUAAUACACUGUAUUUUUACCCAGUUGUGAUUCAACAGCAAAGCUCAAAGCUCGUCUGAACAGCUUGAAGUCAUUAACAAGUGACAGCACAACUUUUAAGAAGAUUUACCGUUAUGCAUUUGACUUCUGUAGGGUAAGUGUACAGAGUAUCCAUUUUUAGUAAAAUCCAACUAGUGGUCUAUUAUCAAUGCUGCGCUCUGAUUGGUUGAGCCACUAGUAGGCUAUAUGUUAGCCCACUAGUAGCAAAAAGCGCGGGCUUUUUGGUGGCAAAAAAGGAUUUAAGUCUAGCUUUAACCAGCCAAGUUUUUUUUAUUUUCGAUAUUUUUGACCAACUAGUUGGAUUUUACUAAAACAAUAUUAUUAUUCGUCUCGCCCUCAUGGCCUCUGAGUUAAUAGCCCAUUCAGACUUCAGCGUCAUGGGCUAUUGACUCAGAGCCCAUUCAGGCUCAAGGAAUAAUUGUUAAAUAUCCAGAGUUAUCCAUUUAUAUGUGUGACAAAAAUAUUUCUUCUGAAAGAAUAAUGUUAAUUUAUUUUCUUUAAUCUAGAAUCAAGAUCAGCGUACACUGGACAAAGAAACAGCUGUUGCAAUGAUUCAACUUCUCCUUCAUGGCUCAUGGCCACUGCUAGAUGACUUUUUAGAAUUUUUACAGGUUUGUUAUUUGUAUAGUUGCUACCCCACAGUAUCCAAAAACAGACAGACAGAUCCAUGGGAAACUGACUCAACCUUGUGCAACCUUUCACUUCUACUGUUUGUUCUGAUACUAUACAUGUACGUCACGAACUUUAACACCUGAAAGUCGAUCUGCUGCAAAUGCAUUAGGUCGUGUAAUCUUCUAUUAGCUGGCAACUGCUGCUUCUGAGAAUUUUUAUCGGCUGCGGGAGUGAUUUGUUCUUAUCCUUUUUGGAAACAGUUUUUAAUACGUCUUAUAAUGUUUUAAUGUUUACAUAGUAUUUGUGUAUUUUUCUCAAGGGCGCACUUAAUUUGGAGCCCCGCUCUGUUGUGUGUCCUGCACUCUCAUCUCUCGUUCUUGUGACUUGUUCAAAUGUAUUUUUUUCCUAGUCUUAUUUUAGCAUUGUAAUCAUGGUGAGAGUGAUUAAAUAAAUAAAUAAAUAAAUACCUGUGAUUCUUUGUUGUCCCUACAGAAUUCCAAGUACAAAGUUUUAAACAGAGACCAAUGGUAUAACGUGUUGGAAUUCAGUCGUACAAUAAGUCCCGAUUUAUCAAAUUAUGAUGAAGAUGGCGCAUGUAAGUACUAACUGGCCCAUCAAGGGUUUUCAAUAUCUUUUUUCUGUAAGGGGCUACUUAUGGUGGAAUUUUUAUAGGUAAUAGCAUGAUUUGUAGUGAUAUUUGGCAUAAAUACCACAAGUGAUAUUUCGAAAUUGUUAUACAUAAUUUCACGAGCUGUUAGGCGAGUGAAAUUUGAGACAAUUUUGAAAUAUCAUGAGUGUUUAUGCCAAAUAUCAUGUACAAAUCAUGCUAUUAUUUGUUUAUACUACUACUCGCAAAAGGUUUGUAAUUUUCACAUGUAGGUAUUUCAAAUUAAGCUGAAAUACCACUGCUCUAAGCCAAUCAAAUUGUAGUAAUUUUUCAUGUAGUACUACAACAUAAGUAGGUUGAGUAUGAUCGUCUGGGUGCAGUGAGUGUAGUCCUGAAUAGGACUGUUGUUGAUGGUGACUGAUGUUUCAACAGCCAGUGCGGUUGUCAUCUUCCGAGUCAAAGUGAGUUGCAUCACGUCAGUUGAUGGUAUUAAUCUCUGGUUAUGAUGUAAUUGGCAGCUGUAACCAGAAAAGAAGCUGUCUGGCCGCUUUUUCUCUAAAAUCUUUACAGACAACAUAACGCGGCCCUAUAGGAGGAUGUAGUCUGCUGGUUACCAGCGCAAGUAAAACUUCUGACAUUAGCAACUUCUGCUUCCUGACAUGCAGCCAGUCCGUUGUAUUUAAACAUAAUAGUCUUUUUUAAUGUAUAUGUAGUGUUCCAAGCUUACAUUUAACUGAUUCUUCAUACCCAAUAACAUCACAGUGCCCAAUAUCAUUGUGACUUAAUUGACCAAUCAGGUCAGUGACCAGAAUUUGAUACCAUGAAGUGCCAGGGUAACAUUGACUCUCAAGACGACUACCAUAUACACUGUAGAUUAUCGAAACUUUAGUCACUGUCAACAACAGUCCUAUUCAGGACUAUCCUCUUCUAGACGAAUUCUGUGGUGUUACCAUUCAAAUGAAAUCUCUCAGACAAAACUGUUGUGCAGUGGUAUUUACUUCUCAGAAUUUUACAAAGAGAAAUUUGAAUUUUUUCGUUUUGAUUAUUAUUUCUUUUACCUUUUUACCAGUACAUGUACACUCACGAGUGAAAGGGUGAAUCAGCUUUCUUUCUUUCUUUUUUUCUUUAAGGGCCAGUCCUUAUGGAUGAAUUUGUGGAGUGGUAUCAACUAAAACACCCACCUCAAUCGUCCUCUGCUUGAAAAAUAUUGCUUUGCCAAAGAAAUUUACUCCAUUGAAGGAAUGCAACAGAAUGGUUAAAUAUCAAAAUGGCAAAGUUUACAAGCUAUUAACCAAGAUAAGGGCAUUGCUUAAUGUGCUUUGUUAUCUGACUUCAUUGCUUUGGAGCUGAAGGUGGGCAAAAAGCAGUUGGAAUGACUGUGUUGGGAAAAAUCAUGUUUGCAGGAUCAAGAAUCUACAUGUAAUGACUGUUUUAAUGCAUUUCAAACAGUGAUGGGACAAAAGUGCGGUUCAAAUAGAAUUUAUAUCUGGACAAUGACAUGGUUCUACUGCAAAGACCCUGAAUUUGUUCAAAUUAUAUGCUUUGAUAUUGCUUUACAAGGAAGCUAUUGACCACUGGCUGCAGAGUUGCACUGGAGCUACAAAUUAAUGCCAAAAAGUUAUUGUUCUUGCCGAGGCACCUUGCAACUCCAAUGAGAUUGUUGUUCAUGGCAUUUUUUUCUUUCAAUUUCCAUGAAUCUUAUCCACCUUAACCAGUUUUAUAAGUUACAUCUUGACGAGGCAUUAAGUCAGCACAAUGGUAAAAUAGCUAUUGUUGUUCAAAAUUCUCUUCAAAAUUGACUUGCUGAUUUUGUUGUAGCAAUAAUUUUCUUAACUGUGCACUGUCUGACCUCUUUGUGUGAUGACUAACAUUUAUUUUCUCCUAAUAACUCAAGAGAAGAGAUUUGGAGAAUUAUAAUUAAUCCAACAACAACAACAACCCUAAGUGAGACAAAAAGCAUCCCUGUGUCUUUUAUAUGGGAGUAAUCCCCCCUCCCCCUCCCCCCUUCGGCAACGUUUUCAAACAGUAAUGACUGUAAGAUACAACUAUCAGACGAGAAAACAAGAAGAGGAGAAAGGUCACUCAGCCCGGUUAAUCACCAAAGAACCAGUGACUGUGAUCAUGUUAGCUUCUUUAUACCUAAAUUGUUGCGAUUUACAGUGCAAUGACGUGUUUAAGGGGUUAAAAUAUGUCCUCUGCACAACACACCAAAUUUUCAUUGGAGAUGUUCGGUGCCUUUUUCCUAGCAGAUGUUUCUUGUAAGAACAAUUAUUGUUUAUUAAUUAAAAACAUCAACACUUCCAUGUUAGAGUUUGUUUUUAUAGUGUCACUAUUUACGAUAACGGGGAGAAUAGACUAGUCCUUUGGUGGACUGUAUUUACGAAAUCUUCUUAGGUUAUAGCAUGUUUCGAGGUAAAAAUGUUGUUUAUUUCUGUGCCGACAGUAAACCUAUACUCUGUUUGAUGUUAUACGUUGCGGUGUCGCCAUAGACUGCAAAACAGUCGGUUUUUUUCUCAAAAUUAGUAAAGGAAUCG